AUUUUUCAGGCCUUACUGAAUUUUAUCGCAUUAAAGUUAAAGUAUUUUUAUUUUGAUAGUUAACAUAAUAGUUGUUUACAUUUGAUCGAUAGUCUAAGGUGGUAAUCGGGCUGCCAUUUCUUUUGUCCAUGUAAAGUCCUCCUUGAGGGUUUCAACUAUCGAUUAGACUGAUAGUGUGUAGGUUUCCCAAACUCUGCUUUAUUAGCCGACCUCGAAUUUGCAAUUUUCCACAAUAAUAACUAAGAUUACUUGGGAAUAUGGGUGACCAAAUCUCGGACGAUGAAAGUGGUUCAUCUGGUUCCAGUCGCAGCGGAAGCCGCAGCGUCACACCACAAGGAGGCAGUGCUCCCGGGUCUCCCCGCAGCCGAAAGUCAGGCAGUGGCAGCGAUCGUUCCCACUCGGGAUCCAGAUCUUCUAGAUCUCGUUCAGGAUCACGCUCUCCACGUACGGCCAGGUCCGGAUCUGCUCAAAGCCGGCGCUCGGGUUCUGCACAUAGUAAAAGAUCAGGAUCCGUCCGAAGUCGAAAAUCUGUGUCCCCAGGAUCUCCCCAAAGCCACAGGUCAGGUUCUGUUCAAAGCCACAAGUCAGGAUCCCCGCAAAGUCGCAGGUCUGGCUCUCCUCAAAGCCGGAGGUCAGAAUCUCCCCAUAGCCGCAGAUCCGGCUCCGCUCGUAGUCGUAAGUCGGAGUCUGCACAAAGCCGCAGAUCCGGCUCUCCCCAAAGUCGAAGGUCAGGAUCGCCCCACAGCCAGAGAUCUGGGUCUGUUCGCAGUCGCAAAUCUGGAUCGGCGCAAAGUGCUAGGUCUCGUUCCCGUUCCCGUAGUGACACUCGCAGAGGUAGUGGUAACGAGGAAUCACGCUCCAAUUCACCCAACCUGCAAAUAGAUGAUGAACGUGCCAAUUCCAAAAGCGGUAGCCGCAGCCGAAGUAGGAGCAGGAGUGGCAGUCGGACCUCUCGGUCGCGUUCUAAGACAGGAACUCCUUCGCCGAACAGAAGUCGCAGCCGCAGUGGAUCUGGCUCCGGAAGCGAUAUUGGUGUGCCGAAAAAGAAGGCACGUAAAGCAAGUUGCUCCGAUCAAGAGAAAAACAAGAGUGGCAGCGAUAGUGACAUGGAUAAAGCUCAUACCAAGGCUAAGAAAUCUCGGCUGAUUGACUCAGAUAGCGAGUCCGAUCAGGAGGAGGCAAAGAAAGCCCCUGCCGCAGCUGACAUCUUUGGAGAUGCUGAUGAUAUAAGUGACGACGAUGAGGAGGCUGGAGCAGCCAUCAACAAAUCUCCAGCACGGUCCAAGAGUCGCAGCAGGAGCCGGUCUCGAUCUCGCAGUCGUUCCAUGACCCGCUCGCGUUCACGCUCUAGAUCGAGGUCCCGAGAUAGAGUCGAGUCCCAGGUAGAGCAGGCGCCCAAGGAGGAUGAACCAGAACCACUGCCAGAAACCCGAAUCGAUGUAGAGAUUCCACGCAUCUCUGCAGACCUUGGAAAAGAGCAACACUUUAUAAAGCUUCCUAAUUUUUUGUCAGUUGUCACUCAUCCUUUUGAUCCGGAGACUUACGAAGAUGAAAUCGACGAGGAGGAGACUAUGGACGAGGAAGGAAGGCAGCGUAUUAAGCUUAAAGUGAGCAACACGAUCCGAUGGCGUGAAUUCAUGGAUAACAAGGGCGACAUGGUACGAGAGUCAAAUGCACGAUUCGUGCGGUGGUCCGACGGGAGCAUGUCCCUUCAUUUGGGCAACGAGAUAUUCGACGCCUACAGGCAGCCGCUACUGGGUGACCAUAACCAUCUGUUCAUCCGCCAGGGCACGGGUCUGCAAGGACAGUCGGUGUUUAGGACUAAGCUCACUUUCCGGCCCCAUUCUACGGAGUCGUUUACACACAAGAAAAUGACUAUGUCGUUGGCUGAUCGAUCCAGCAAGACCAGUGGUAUUAAGAUCCUAACGCAGGUGGGCAAGGAUCCCACAACAGAUAGGUACUCGCAGCUCAAGGAAGAGGAGGCCAAGCUGCGUCAGGCGAUGCGCAAUCAGCACAAAGCCCAGCCUAAGAAAAAGAAACCUGGUGCCGGCGAACCACUACUUGGAGGAGGCACCUCAUCCUACCAACACGACGAUGGCAGCGAUGAUGAGAAUGCCAUUAGCUUGAGUGCCAUAAAGAACCGGUACAAGAAAAGCUCCGGGGGUGGUCCGGCUGAGGUGAAGGCUUCAACGAUCUAUUCCUCGGAUGAGGAUGAGGGCUCAGACUUCGAGGCGCGUCGCAGCAAGAAGGUGGACAAGGCUAAGGCUAGCAAGGCUCUGCGCGACUCCGACAGCGAAUCUGAAGCUGGCAGUGCCAAGAGCGGAAAGAGUGACAAGAGCGGUGCAGGAGGCAGUGAUAACGAGGGCAGCCAAAAGAGCGGCGGCGGCAGCAGCAAGUCGGGUAGUGGCAGCGGAAGCGGCAGUGGCUCCGGCAGUGGUAGCGGAUCGGGAAGUGACAACGACGACUAGGCUAGUCUUUGUUUUCCUUAACCAUUUCCAAUAAAAGAAAAAUUUACAAUGUUUACUUACUAAA